AGAGAAUGUCAAAAGAAGUUUUCUAGUCAACGUCAGUUUUUGUGCACUUACGUUGAUUUUUUUUCAUUUUUUGGCCAAUGAUGUUUUUGUCUUUGCUUCCUAGUUCUGCAAAUUCACUACUUUGGAAGUGAUAGUGAUUAACAUUGAAUAUAUUGCGAGAAAAUACACGUCACAAAGUUUAUUGGAUUGAUAGCAAGACACGGGAUAUACGAAUGUUUUGGACUUUCUGGCGCUGGCGGAGGUGGUGCAGAUAUUUAGUGCAAAAUUAAAAUCGGGGAAGCGGUCUGUCAAAUGCUUUUACUUAGCGUUCAUAAGCCAAGCUUUGACCUUUGCAACGACGGAGAUCUGAUCUUUAGAAUAAAAUCGUAACAGGUGCAACUGGUGUCAUCUUCGCUGCUAAUGCAAGGAUAAAUGUCUUUUGGAAAAUUGGUGGGUUUUUGAUAAACAAUUGAUAAAAGACCCUGUCAACAUGGCAUUCCAAUCGGUUGUACGAUUCUAUAUGGAGAUACCGACGGUGACGCGCAUCUAUACGACGGCAUGUGUGCUAACGACGCUGGCAGUUCACUUAGAUCUGGUGUCUCCGCUACAGUUAUAUUUCAAUCCUACGCUUAUACUAUGGAAAUUACAAGUGUGGCGUCUUGCCACAACAUUCCUAUUUUUCGGCUCAGUUGGCAUUAGUUUCUUCUUCAACAUGGUUUUUACUUAUCGUUAUUGCCGUAUGCUUGAAGAGAGUUUCUUCCGCGAUCGUACAGCAGAUUUCGUCAUGAUGUUUUUGUUUGGUGGUGGGCUAAUGGUUUUCUUUGGGCUUUUCGUGAACCUACUUUUCCUUGGGCAAGCAUUCACUUUAAUGUUAGUUUAUGUAUGGUCACGCCGUAAUCCUUUUGUGCGCAUGAAUUUCUUUGGAGUGCUAAAUUUUCAGGCGCCGUACUUGCCAUGGGUGCUAAUGUGUUGUUCAAUGAUACUGGGCAACACUAUUUGGGUGGAUGUUGUUGGAAUGGGUGUAGGUCAUAUAUAUUAUUUUCUUGAAGAUGUGUUUCCCUUUCAAGCGAACGGUUAUAGAAUCUUAAAAACGCCGCAUUUCUUAAAAGUGUUAUUUAAUGAGCACGUUGAUAAUAACAACCCCCCGUGGGUUGGUGACCGUCCAGGUGGUUUUCAUUGGGGCGCGGAUGAGGCAGAGAACUUGGGCGCUCAAGCGCCGAACAUAGGUGCGGGUGAUGGCAACGAUGCUAAUCAACAGCGGUAAACAAUUUUUUUAGGUUUGAAUUUCUACCAUACAACGUACUGAAAGAAAUGCACAUACAUACUUCACAAAAAUGCAGAUGGAAAGAGGGCAUGUCUUAGCACAUAUACUAAAUAUAAGUAAACAAAUAGUGAAAAGGCAAUAAAUAAACCAACUGCUUAGAAUUUGAAUCAAUUCCCUUCAGAACUUUAUAAUUUUUUUUUAUUUUUGUGAAUUUCGGUAGCAGUGAUUUCUUAAGCCAUUUAGCGCAUUUUUUAUAUAGCUUUUGUACUGUUAAAUAUUUAUUUACCGUUUCCUUCAUUAUUUGAUUUACAUGAAAAGUUUACCUUUAAUUACGAAAUAUUUAUGUAAAUGCAACAAAUAAUAUAUAAAACAAAUAAAAUCUGUUAAUUUGUUUUGUUGCAACACCAUAUAAAUAACAAAUAAAUGUAAGGAUAUUUAAGAAUUUUUUUCUGAGUAAACUCGUACAAUCGCCUACCAACGAAAGAGUGAGUGCCUUCAGCAAGACACAAGCACAAAGCAUUUGGCCACAUUAGUUCAAAACCAAAGCAGAUGAAAUGUGCAUUCCCGUGGCAGCCGGAUCUAUGUUACCGGAAUGACUCAGGUUUUUACCGACCAAGGGCUGCCGCCCUAGUAAACUAGCCCUGUCUAUUGUACAAUACCUCACUCCCAAAUGUGCAACUUAACAUGCGAGUCGUUGUGCUUGGGCAUCUACAAAUGGGCUUUUACUACAAAGAUGAGUCGAAAAAUGCGUGAUUACCGAAAUGUACAUACCUACCUUCUUCCAAUUUAAAACGUAUUGAAACACCAACAUUUAAGUUUCACUAAUUGCUGAAAUAUUUAUUGCAUUUAUGGCAUCAUUCUAUUCAAUUCUACAUUGUGGCACAAACGUACUCUUACUAAUUGAAGGUUUUCUGCAACAAAUGGUUUCAUUUAAUUCGAUUUCUUUCUUUCUCACCAACGUCACCUUUUUCGGUACACUGACUUGAGUGAAGGUCGAACAUUUUACCAUGAAUCGCAAUAUGGCAACAGGUUUGGCAUUAGUGUUUGGAAUUAAACUUUGCUCGAUUAUUAAGUUUCUCCAGCGACAUAGUUUUAAAAGUAAAAAUGUAUUUUUUAUCAUGCUAUUAGAAAAUUCUUGCCAAUAAAAGGUUAUAAAAUUGUCAAUUUAUUUAAACUCGUAAGUUUGAUUUACGAAAUAUUAAUUCAAACUGUCGAAAGGAAACGAUGGUUCUGAACAUUAUUAAUUCUUUUCGUUUAAUGGUACGGUUAUGUAUUGAUGAUUAUGAAUAAUAUUGAUUAAGCAAAAGCCAA